AUGAGUAAUGUUACCAACCAAAAUGGAACAGGUCUAGAGCAGCAGCUUGCUGGUCUGGACUUGCAGCCUCAGGCUCCUAAGAGUACUGGCCGCUACAUACCUCCUCAUCUGCGUAGGCAGUUGGAGUCAAAAGGAGAAGAACCUAAGCGAUCCAGCUUAGAUUCUCGUCCUAACGACACACGGGACAACCGUUCAUCAUUCGGAGGCAACUCUAGAAACUACGACCGUGGUGGUCGGCGCGACGACCGCGACCGUGACCGCGACCGUGAAUACGAUCGCGGCUACGACUCGCGAUACCCGCGCAGAGACCGCGGUCGUGAUUCCGGAUAUCAAAAUGGCGACUCAGAGCGGUGGUCAGAGUCGGACCGGUGGGGAGGGAGCGGAGGAGGCGGAGGGCGGGCCACCGCGCCCUCGCGCGACAUACGCCUCCAGCGCGAGGAGGACGAGCCGCCGCAGCCGCGCAACGACCGCUGGAAGGAGCCGGAGCCGCGCCCCGAGGAGCGCACCAACUCGCGCUGGCCCUCCGACGACGUGCGGCGCACUUCGUCUCGCAGGGAUGAGAACGACUGGACGGUCCCGCUACCUCGCGACGAGCGGCAGGAGUUGGACCUGUUUGGCACUGGAAACACAGGCAUCAACUUCUCCAAAUACGAGGAUAUACCGGUUGAGGCCAGCGGCGACAAUGUUCCGGACUUCAUUACAAGCUUUGAGGAUGUUAACCUGACGGAAAUAAUGCGCUCGAACAUAGCGCUCGCACGUUACGACAAGCCCACGCCGGUGCAGAAGUACGCGAUACCGAUAGUGCUGGGCAGGAGAGACGUGAUGGCGUGCGCGCAGACCGGCUCCGGCAAGACCGCCGCCUUCCUCGUGCCCAUUCUCAACCAGAUGUAUGAAGCGGGGCCCGUUAAACUUGUGGGACCUCUUAAACGCAAACAGUAUCCCCUGGGUCUCGUGCUGGCGCCGACGCGCGAGCUCGCCACACAGAUAUAUGACGAGGCCAGGAAAUUUGCAUACCGUUCCCGUGUCAGACCCUGCGUCGUAUACGGCGGCUCCCCAAUCCUAGACCAGUUCCGCGAGCUCGAGCGCGGGUGCCACCUGCUCGUGGCCACUCCCGGCCGUCUAGUCGACAUGCUGAUCCGCGGCCGUGUCGCCCUUGACCACUGCCGCCAUCUUGUUUUGGACGAGGCAGAUCGUAUGUUGGACAUGGGUUUCGAACCACAGAUCCGCAAGAUUGUAGUGGGCAACUCGAUGCCCAAGACAGGCGAACGUCAAACUCUCAUGUUCUCCGCCACCUUCCCCAAGCAGAUACAAGUGCUAGCGCAAGAUUUCUUGCAUAAUUAUGUGUUCCUUGCUGUAGGACGUGUUGGAUCCACUUCAGAGAAUAUUACACAAAAGGUGGUAUGGGUAGAGGAGCCAGAUAAGCGAUCCUUCCUGUUGGAUUUAUUAAACGCUUCUAAUUUACUGCAACGAGCAAACUCUCGAGCAGAAGAAGACCAGCUAACCCUCGUCUUCGUUGAAACUAAGAAAGGGGCAGAUCAGUUGGAGGAGUUCCUGGACGCUGAAGGGUACCCAGUGACGUCUAUCCACGGCGACCGUUCUCAGCGCGAGCGCGAGGAGGCCCUCCGCCGCUUCAGAACCGGACAAACUCCUAUACUCGUCGCCACUGCUGUCGCUGCUAGAGGUUUGGACAUACCUCACGUGCGUCACGUGAUCAACUUCGACCUACCGUCGGAUGUAGAGGAAUACGUGCAUCGUAUCGGUCGUACCGGCCGUAUGGGGAACCUCGGUGUGGCCACGUCCUUCUUCAACGACUCCAACCGUAGUCUGGCGCGUGAACUGGUCGAACUACUUAUUGAGGCUAAGCAGGAUGUGCCCAACUGGUUAACAAGUGCAGCGGUGGACGGUCGGUCGGGCGGUGGUGGGCGGCGCGCGGGCAGCCGCUCGGGCGGCGGCCGCUUCGGCAACAGCACGGCCUUCGGCGCGAGGGACUUCCGUACGCAGCCGAGACAGGCGCCGCGCUCCGCCGGCCCUUCUGUUGCAGGCUCUGGUUUCGGGUAUGGCGGUGGGUCGUAUGGCGGCAACUACGGCGGGUCGUACGGCGGAGGCGGCGGCGGCAACAGUGGCGGAGGCCCCGACUGGUGGGACUCC